CGUGUAUUGAUAAUUUGUGACUUUGAAUUUUUUAGAUUGGAGUUGAACAAUUUGUAUGGAUAGUGUGUGAUUUGCUUGAAUUUUCUAGAACGAUGUUUUAUGUAUGGAUAGUUUGUAUGGUGAGAUUUAUGCUUGAUUUUUAUUUUUAUAGUUUCUUGUUAAUUAUUAUUUUAUAAAUAUUUUACCAAAAAAACCCGCGGGUAACCCAUCAACCCGCGGAUACCCAGCGGGUUGGGUUUGAGUUUUUCAAACCCAACGGGUUUUACCCCGGGUUUUUUUGACGGACAAACCCAUGAAUUUGAGUUCGGGUUUGGCAAAACCCGCCCCAACCCGAUCCAUUGCCAUCCGUAUACACCAUCCAGACAUAGCUAAUCUGUUUUAGAAAUACAGUCCUCUAUUUAUUUGAAUAAAUUAAUAUGAGUUUGAGGAAUCAACUUCCCUAAUUUGAAAACCUCUCUCUGCAACGAAACUCAUAAUGGAGCUCUGAAAGGCGAGGGAGAUCAUCCUCCGCCUGUUAACAAUUCUCUCUGCCAUGGACGCACGUCACGCAUCUCUUGGUCGACGAACUCUGGAAGAGAUUCGACAAAAGCGAGCGGCAGAGAGAUUGAGCCAAGCAUCGUCUGGAACAGAUCUCAGCAAAUCUCCCAUCCUUGCAGAUAAUGUUGGAAUAAAGAAAUCCGAGAGUGCCAAUCGACUCUCAGAGGCUGACGUUAGUGGUUUAGUAGCACAGCUGCAAGAACUUCAGAAAAGGAAUUCGGAGUUAGAGGAGAACAACAGGGUAUUGUCUUUGAAGCUUCAAUCAGAGAAUACCGAGAAGGAGACAUUGCAAAGUCGCCUAAAUGAUCUGGAACAGAGUACUGUUCCAUCUUUAAGGAAAGCCCUUAAGGAUGUAGCAAUGGAAAAAGAUGCAGCGGUUGUUGCAAAGGAGGACCUUUCAGCCCAGCUUCGUACUCUGAAGAAACGGUUAAAGGAUGCAGAAGAGGAACAAUACAGAGCUGAGGAAGAUGCUGCAGCGUUAAGAGCAGAGUUGAACUCAAUUCAGCAGCAGGCAAUGAGUAAUCAGCUCAACGGUAUAACUUCAAUGGGUAUUCCAACAGAUCAAUUACAAAGCUUGGAACAUGAGUUGGCUACUUUGAAGUCUGAUCUGCAGCAAGAGUCUUCCAUGAGGCAAGUAGAGCAACAGUGGUUGCUGGAGGAGAAAGUCAAGGUCUCUGCCCUUGAGUCUGAAAAGCAGCAGCUGGAAGACAAACUUCUUUCUCUGUCACAAAGGGCACCAGAACAAGUGUCAGAAGGAGCUGUUUAUAAUGUAUUUUCAAUGGAGGAUAAAGAGAGACUUGAGAAGCAGUUGCAUGAUAUGGCUGUUGCAGUUGAGAGAUUGGAAAGUAGUAGACAGAAGCUUCUGAAGGAGAUUGAUUCCCAAUCUUCAGAGAUAGAGCAACUUUUCGAAGACAAUUCUCACCUUUCACAUUCUCUUCAAGAGGCAAUGAACACUGCCAACCAAUGGGAGAGCCAGUUAAAGGAUUGUCUCAAGCAGAAUAAAGAACUUCGUUUAGUGCUUGAUAAAUUGAGAACAGAACAGGCAGCUGUACUGCCUUCAAGUUGCAAGGACGGGCAGAGAGGCUCAAGAGAUGCAGAAAGAGAUGGCUUAAACUCACAGGGAUCUGCAACUGAAGUUCUCUCUCUCAAGGGGGAGCUCGUAAAAGAACAAAGCAGAGCAGAAGCUUUAUCGGCAGAGGUCAUGCAGCUAUCAGCAAAGCUCCAGCAGGCAACACAGGCAUACAUUGGUCUUGCCCACGCCUAUAGACCAGUGCUUCGGAACAUUGAAAGCAGCCUCAUCAAGAUGAAGCAGGAUGGCUCCGUGACAGCUCAAUGAGAAAGCAGAGAACGCUACGAUUCAUCCAUUGCCCUCAUGUUUACUUUCUGCGUUUUGGGUUGAGGGAAGUGAUGUGGGGAUACCAGAUAUCAUUUUCAGUUACCUGGUGUACAAUGGUUCUCUUUUCUUCUCACAAUUAAUAGAAAUUUACCUUUUUUCGAAUAUUUUGCAUUUGGAGCAAUUGAAAGGCAAUUGAGAUACUUAUUAAGUAGAGAACUCGCCAACCUUGCGACUGGAAAGAAGAAAUAAAGUAAUCAGAUGGAA